GUCCACCACAAGGCCACCACCAACGCCACCCUAUUGCGUUUGCUAUAUUUUGUCUACAUUCCCCCCUUUACCAAAGCUCCCAAAUCUCUCUCUCACUCUCUCACUCUCAUCUUCUGCUACGCUGUUGCAGGCUCUGUCUGAGGACAGCCAUCGAUACCCCUUCUUCUCCAUUCUUGUAAUAUUGUCUUCCCUCAUGGCUGGUUUGGUGGUUCUGGCUCUUCUCAUGGCCAUGGUUGGCCACUCAAGUGCAGCGUGGUGUGUUUGCAAGGACGGGGUGAGUGAGUCAGUCCUUCAGAAAACACUGGACUAUGCCUGUGGAGCUGGAGCUGAUUGCAACCCUACUCACCAAAGUAUGCCUUGUUUCAACCCCAACACUGUGAGGGCUCACUGCAGCUAUGCAGUUAACAGCUACUUCCAAAAGAAGGGCCAAGCUCAAGGCUCCUGUGAUUUUUCUGGCACAGCCACUGUUACUGCUUCAGACCCUAGCUCCUCUGGCUGUGUUUACCCUUCAAGUGCCAGCAGCACUACUAGCACCACUCCGGGGACGACAAUGCCGACAUCCAACACUUCCACGACCACAACACCGGGCAGCACGUCGUCCACAACGCCAUCCACCUCGACGGUUGGAGGCUCACCGUACGUGACCACUCCCACCGGCGUUUUAGGGCCGUCGGGAGCCGGAAUCAACACAGACGUCAGCCACGGCGGUCUCUCCCUCCAACAAACGGGGAGGGUGGCCUUCUUGACCGCCCUCGUGUUUACGGGCCUCGUGUUCUUGCCAGCCUGACAGCUACAGGAGCGAUGGCAAGAUGGGCUGGUUUGAGUUUGUGGGGAAUAUGGCAUAUCUAAGUACGAACAGCUUCGCUUUGCUUUGGUUUAGUAUUCGAUUUUGGUUUUGUUGUGUUGUACGUGGCUGCUAGUGAAUGUGAAUCUGUGAAUCUGUGAUCUGUGUUGUAAUCUCUAUUCGCUAGAUGUAGGAACUUUUUAAAACUGAAGAGACCCAUGUUCCUUUGCUAAUACUUUAGAAAUUGUUUGGUUAACUUUAUUCGGUUCAUAAAUAAACUAUUUGCCUUCAUAAUAUUUAAUAUUUAA